UUCCAUCAGCAUACAAAAUCCUCGGCCUGAACUGACAGUGAAUCCACAGAUGAUCACAGAGACAGACUCAGUCACACUGAACUGUCAGACUCCAUCAUCUGUUCCUGUGUCUCGGUGUUAUUUCAUCAUUUCAGGACAUAAACCUGAUAAAGCAGCUCCUUGUCUGCAGACUCUGACAGGGUCUGAAUUUCUGUCAUGGACACGUCAAAGUUCACCUCUUACAGCUGAAGUGACCUGUUAUUACUUUUAUAUACUUAAAUCUCCAGAGAGUAACAUGUCACCCAUCAACAUACAACCCCCUCGGCCUGAACUGACAGUGAAUCCAACUGUGAUCACAGAAACAGACUCAGUCACAGUGAACUGUCAGACUCCAUCAUCUGUUUCUGUGUCUCAGUGUUUUUUGUACUUUAUGAGAGGAAGAAAAUCUUCGUCCAUCUCCUGUCAGCAGACACUGACAGGAACUGAGCUCCUCUCUAUGGCAGAGCAGAGUUUACCUGUUGAGGUCAAAGUGACAUGUUUUUACACAUUGGAACAUAAAGGAGGACCACAUAAGUCUCUGCAUAGUAACACGUCCUCCAUCAGCAUACAAACUCCUCGACCCGAACUGACAAUGAAUCUAAUGAUGAUCACAGAAACAGACUCAGUCACAGUGAACUGUCAGACUCCAUCAUCUGUUUCUGUGUCUCAGUGUUUUUUGUACUUUAUGAGAAGAAGAAAAUCUACGUCCAUCUCCUGUCAGCAGACACUGACAGCAACUGAGCUGCUCUCUAUGGCACAGCAGAGUUCACCUGCUGAGGUUCAAGUGGCAUGUUUUUACAUGUCACAGCAUAAAGGGGGACAAUACCAGUCUCCUCACAGCAACAUAUCCUCCAUUAACAUACAAACUGAAAAAAACACUUUGACCUUUGCUCCUCCUCCUUCUAUGGACUUUACAAUUCACACAAUUACAAUUCACACAAUUGUGGGGACGACUUCUUCUGUGACCACACCAAGGACAUCUUCAGUACUUCCUGCCCAUAAACUUCUACCUGUAGUUGCAACUGUUUUUGGUGUAAUCGUGGGCGUCAUCUCACUGGGAAUGGCUCUUGUCUGUGUGAAAAGAAGAAAUGGUAAUUUUUCAAGCACGAAAAAAACUGACCGAGGAGGAUGGAUGUCUCCGAAUGAUUCUGAAGUCUACAGUAUGACCAGUUUAGUCCCUGUUGAUGACCCACCUAACGGGUCUAAUCAACUCAAAAGACAGGAGUCUCAAACUGAGAAUUCUGCCGCAUACUACUUUUACUCCAGCAUCCCUGAGGAGCCAGAUGAAACGCCUACAAUGAAAACAGACCUGGCAUACAGCACUCUACAGGCACACUGAAACACAUCAAAAAUACUGAAUUGGAAUAAAACAGAAGAUAAGACUGAAUGGCCAUUACACACUCAAGCCAUAUAGAUAAGACAGGAAAGUAUUUUUCUUUCUUUCUUUCUUUCUUUUUGUUGGAAACUCACCUGGAUAAUAUUUCUACUUAAGACAAUAAUUUCCAAAAGAUUAAUAGAGAAGUAUUAAACCCAAUUUAACAUUUGUAUGUGCAUGGCUUGGCUUGCUUUCUGGUGUCAGCCCAGAGCUUUGUAUUACCAGUGCAGUGAGUAUU